AGCUGCGCUGAGGAAGUAUUACGUAACAUUUUCAGUGGACGGUCUGUUUGGGAGUUGCAGUUCUUUUCCCUAAGACGACUAGUUGAUACGGGACACAAGAGCCAGUGGAGCAAAAACUACAGCUUUCAAUUUCCAUAUUAGCAGUGACGAUUAACGCACGCGACACGUCCUGCAAGGGGGAAGGGGGAGGCGCAGUAUUUUUGAUUGAUACAUUUAAAGGCGAAUCACGGGAGAGCCUGCAAAUCGGUGAGCCAAUCAUAUGCAGAGGUUUCAGUUGUCGCUUUGUGGUCAGGAGUGUUUUGAUGCAGUUGGCAAAAAUGUUGAAAGGGAGGUUUAGCUGUAGAAACAUCGAUAGGAGCGUGUAUUUGUGAAUGUUUUUCCGGGUGCGGAUGGUUGUACACGAAAACUUAGCUUCCUGACAUUUUCGUGUUUGUUUAUGCUAGCAUUGCAUGCUACUGUUUUUAGCCCUAGCCAGCUGGCGAGGCGUGAAUUCCGCAAACCCAAGAAACGAAUGUCAAGAAUGCGUGGAGCUAGCUAACAUGAUACUUUAAUACUGCCCGUCGGUUAUUAUUAGCUAUGAACACUACGCCCUUAAGUCUAGCUGUUUUCUUGUCGUUUUCCUCUGGACCUUACAGAUAAAAAACACCUAGUAGCUGUCUCUCAAACACUGUUUGCAGGUCGGGACUAGCCGAAAUGGACACCCCAGCCCCUUCACCCCAGACAGAUUUCUAGCGGUGGCACCAGCAACUCGAAUCCGCCACAUCCUGGCCUUGCACAAUCACAAGAAGCCAAACCGUGACUGUCUUUCUUUUCUAUGACACACCAAAUUUAUGCACAGCUAGAUUCGGUGGAAUCGCUCUUGGACGAUCUCCCAUAUAUGUUUUAUCUCGGCCUGUUCUUUGUGAACGUCUUGAUCCUCUACUAUGCCUUUCUGAUGGAGUACAUCGUCCUGAAUGUGGGGAUAGUAUUUCUGCCUGAGGACAUGGACCAGGCGCUGGUGGACCUCGGGGUGCUGUCCGACCCGGCCUCUGUCCCUUACGACACAGACACGGAGUUGGAUGUUUUUGAGGGCUAUCUUGAGUGACAGGGCGGUCCCGGAGGAAAAAAUGAUGCAGAUGGUGAUGAUGCAGAGGUCCGGUGCAGGUUGGGCCAGCGUGAACACUCCCUGGUUGUCUCUAAAGAAGGUAACCUGAGGAAGAGAUCCAGCACGGCCGACCGUAUGAUGAGUGAUUGUUCCCACGAAAGAGCACUCUGCACUUGAUCAGCUUUCAGUCACUCUGUUGCCAUUCUGUUAGCAGUGGACGGUGGCAAGACACCAAGGGUUAGCGCUGCCAUCUGUGUUCCUCACUUUGGACACAAUGAAAGAUAAGAGGGAAGCACUAUGUACUGCAGGUGGAGAGAGAGAGCUGUUCCCUGUGAAUUUUAUCAGAGAUGUGGAGCAUGUUUCAGGUCGUCUGCAUUGCUUGCCAGUUCAGAUACACCAACCUGGCAUUUACACUCAACAGUUAUCCAGGCUGUGGAAGAUGUGGUGGCUGACUGCAGAAGGAAAUGAAAUGAAACACUUUCCACUUCAGUCACAGCGUGAUGUGCUUCACAGUAAGACAUUUCAGAAGAACUGGCAAAGUUCAGGAAAACGCUGUGCACUGUAGGUCUGUUGCAUACUUAAUCACUCACAAAACAGCUUGUUUGAACUAUUUGUCCGUCUAUAUUUUCAGAAUACAGAAUGCAUUGCUGCUUUGCAGGCUCACUCAUCCUUGAGGCCUAAUUUAAAAUGUGUCUUUUGAGGCCAUCCAUACUGUAUGUGUGCUUCAGGGAUGUACACACUCUCAGGAGCGCAGUUUGGAACUCUGGGCACACUAGCAAGACAUAACACUGACACUGGAUACGGGCUGUGAAACUAUAGGACAUGGGAGAGCCCUAAACUCCUCAAGCUCUCUUAUAAAUCAGGAACACCAAACUGCACUUGCCGCACUCUUCACUGUAAUGCAGAGAGUAUUAAAGUAUGUCUUCUGUUAACCUAUAUCGACUUAGAUAAAUGGGGUCAUAUGCAAUUUUAAUUUUCCACAAAACAAUUAACAUUAAUAGAUUAGUUAUGAAAGCUGGCCAAAUGUGCCAAAAUGAUAUUAGUAUGUGUAGUGUCAAAGGCUAAAACCUCAUAUGAAAGACAACCUCAAAAGAAGUAUUUCAGAUAUUUGACAUGUUCAUCCUGUAUUUGUUGCAUACAUGUUUGUUCCUAUAAUGUUAGACACAUAGACAAGACUCAGCUCAUGAUAUUGGUUGUGCUGUUUUUUUUUUUUUAGUUGUCAAAGUUCUGUUUGAUUGCUGUUUCUUCUGUUUACUUUGUUAUGAAUUUAGAAUCCAGUUCAUAAAAUGUAUAUUCUUGGCAGCAAUAAUAAACUGGAUUCAAGCAAUGGGGCAAUUAAAUACUUAAACGAAUGAGAUCAAUGUACAAAAUCAGGUAAUUAUUCCAUCCAUCUGCUAGAUUUGGUUGUUGAUGGGUGGAAGAAGACCACCUUGUGUCAGUGACGCUUGUAAAGGGAUAGUUCACUUGAUUUACUAGAUAUUUGUAAGCCUUGAAAGUACUGUACAUACUGUUGGUCUGUGAGGAGCACUUACAGCUCAGCUAAUUAACUAAAUGUUGAUUUUCGUGGUAAUACAGAGGAACCAGUAUUUUUUCUCAUAGCAUACUAUACCUGUCUACCACAAUAUGCAAACUGUGCAUAAUAAUCAUUGCAUUGUGGUUGUUGUGCACCAAAUAACCAAAGCUGUAGAGACGGAAAACCAUUUCAAAAUAUUUGUACAUGCAUGUUUCCUACUCUAAACAAGCUUUAGUCCAGAAUUUCAUUGCCUGACUAUCAAUGUUUUGAACAUUACACUCUACCAUACAGCCGUUCACCAACAUGACUCUGCUCUGCUGUACUCAGUUCAUCUGGUCACAUGUCGUUUCAAACAACACUUUGCCCACUCAGCUCAAAUGAUACACUAAACAUAGCCAGGUGAAUUUUGUCUGCUGCCACAUUGUGUAAUGAAUUUAAAAGAAAAAGCUAUGGGGAAACUCAAGAACAGGGAUGAAAAAAAAAAUAAAACACAUGGAUGACAGUGCAAUUAGAUUGUGUAGGACAGGUUUUCUCCAUCAGAAUCAAUAUCCUUCUUUUUGGUUUAAUGCUGCCAUUAAGCAAUAUGCAAUGGUGACAUUUACAAUGUUUGAAUUUGUCUGUGUAAAUCAGUAUGCCCAUAAGAAAUCAUUUUUUCUGGCAAGAUAUAAAUUUCUCUGAAUCAGCAUUUAGACCACAUGACACUAAAGCUCAGGAUACUAAUAUUCAUUAAAUAUUAAAAACAUGUUUGUAUGGAUUCUGAUCAGAUAGUCAGAAUCAGGUAAGGGCUUCCUGUAGAUUAACAGUGAAUAGUUAAUAGAACUCAAGAAAGUAUGUACUCAGUCUGCAUCAUGCUGGAAAUGGACGACAUUAACAGGCUGAUAUAUGUAUUUUAUUUUAACUAAAGCUUAAUUUCAAUAGAUGAGUUGGGUAAUUAAAAUCCAAUACUGAAACUCUCUCUACUCUCAAACUCCCAAUAUUGAGAAAUCAGCGGAAAGGGAAGCUGCUAGAUGAGGAGGAUUCUUGUUUUGUGUGAAAACUGUUUAUAAAUGACUGGCGUUAGUUACAGGUGAAGGGCUGUGCCAUUUCCCAGGCAUGAUGCCACGCUGUGUUGCUCAGGCUCUGGUGAACACUGUGCUCACAGCAUUCUAAUUCAUUGAAAACUCUAUGUCGACUCUGACAGAUGAAAACCUUUGCUUGGUUUGUUGGAUGUCGUCAUCGUCAACCUUUACCGAGCGCUUGUGUCUCCCCUCCACAUCUGCUUCUUUGCAGACAUGCACAUGCUACAAUAAGCUAUGGAUCGUAACAGAGUUUUAUUUUCCAAUGUGUCUAUUUAAUAAACUUUGAGCGAAUGCCAGCUUUUUGCUUCUUUCUUUAACUGUCAUUUCAGAUGUCUGUUUGUAGAAUAUCAAGCAUUAGAUGAAUGUAUUUGAAGUGGACAUGUUCAUCUCAGACUGUUUACUAGUAGCCAUGUGCUGUGCUGGUGUCAUGUUACCUUUUGUCCAAAAGAGAGCAUCAGAGCACUAGAGAGCAACAGGAGCUUGUUGGAGCGCUUUGAUACCGCUGAUACUUGCUAAAGGAAACCCUCAAUAGAUAAGACAGGAUGUGCUGGUCUUCAGAAUUGAUUCAAGAGUACGUCCUGGAUGUUUGUAAAAUGUCCGAGAUUGACAACUGACACCUGAUGUGAGGUAGCACAACUAUCUCCUGAUCCUAGACUGAGUCAUGCAGCCAUGAAGUGUACAAUGACUGUAUCAAGAUAUUUAUACUA